ACUGUUACUACCUUUCAAGGUUGUUUCCAACUUCCAAGGUUCUCCAAAGUACGUAAAUCUUCCUUAAGAUUUAUGAUCGCGAACCUAGACAUCUUUUCUGAAUAACAUACUAGUUUCUACCAACUUCGGGGUUCCUCAUUCUUUUGUUUUAUUCUUUCUUUCUUCAUUUAUCUCCCUUCGUCGAUUCACAACAACGCAUGGCCAUUUCAUUCGGGCGGGCGAUUUGCAUUUGUUGCUUGCCUCAUUUGCGAUUCGCAUGGUGAUACAUCGCAACACCACCAUCACAACGUUUAUUGGACCAAACUUGGUACAGCACUGCGCUGCGCUGCACUGCACUGACUGCACCGUCUGCACCGCCUUACUACGGUUUACAAUCGUCGCCCUCUUUCUACCCUGAACGCUUCAAUAGUACUAUCGUAUAAAUAAGCAUUCAAAUCGAAUUUACGAGAUACAAGCGAAAUAAUACUCCUCAAUUCCAAUUUAUCGCUAAGCCGCGAGGCAACUGCAGCAUACAAAUGGAUCCUUUCUCUCCCGCACAGGAGCCUGACGAGGGUUAUUCGGAGCAUCCCCUUAAUCCCUCCGAUUCGGGCAGCCUUGCCAGUAAUGCAUCGCUGACGGUAAAGCGAUCAGCUGCCGAUAUACCGGCAUGGCUAUCGGCUCAAUUACCCACGUUGUCGGUGUACCAGAAGACUCGACUGGCUAUGCUCAUUCUUAACGAAUUGCCCACGACCAUGAUUGCAGACAUCGUCAUGAACGAACUAAACCCCCGCCUUUACAUUAACUUCGUCGAACGUCUACCGCCCGAGAUAUGCCUCAAAAUCCUUGGCUACCUGGACCCCGUGUCCCUAAUCCGCGUCGCUAUGUGUUGUCGAGGUUGGUACGAUUUGGCUCUAGAUCGCAAGCUCUGGGAACGACUAUUCUAUUUGGAAGGGUGGAAAGCUAUACCAUCGGAGAUCCUCGCCGCCGAACAACGAAUGAACGAAUCUCUCGCCUCCCAGAUCGCAUCGCAACAAGUUGAAUCCUUCGAAGAUGGGCACGUGAACAAGAAACGAGCUCUGUCCGACCCGAAACAGAGAGACGACGAAGACUUCGAAAUGGUAGAUGCUGAUGCGCCAGUUGCCCAAGGCCCUAUGCCUGGUUCUCAAGAUACCGGUUUAUUUUCUCGUCGACCUGGGGACAGUGGUUCUUCUAUGCAAAGCAAUGCUAGCGUCACUCAGCAUAUGGGCAACCUGAUGAUGAAGUCGCCCAGUCCGAUGCAAGACGAAGGAAAUUCUCAAAUCUCCAAAGGUAAAGCUAAAGCGGUUGCUGAACUUAUGGAUCCCUCCCGUUUACCAAGAUCUACGCUUUGGUUUUACGAUAUAAUCGACCGAAGAUAUAAGAUCAAUUGGAAGUAUUUGUAUACGAUGAGACGACGAUUAGAGCGUAAUUGGGAUCGUGGCCGGUACACGAAUUUUCAAUUACCUCAUCCGGAUCACCUUGACGAGGGACACAACGAGUGCAUCUACAGUCUUCAGUACAACUCCGAUUACCUUGUCAGUGGUAGUCGAGAUCGCACAUUACGAAUAUGGAAUAUCCGUACACGACGGCUCAUUCGACCGCCUCUGAAGGGGCACUCAGGAUCGGUCUUAUGUUUACAGUUCGAUUCAGACCCUGAUGAAGAUCUCAUCGUCUCCGGAAGCAGUGACUCGGAUGUCAUCCUAUGGAAGUUCUCUACUGGCGAGAUUAUACAACGACUCAAAAAAGCUCACAGAGAAUCGGUCCUAAACGUCAAGUUUGACAAACGAAUUCUCGUAACAUGUUCUAAGGAUAAGACGAUAAAAAUCUUCAAUAGGGUUCCAUUACGACCCGGAGAUGUCGGAUACGGUGGCGUCAGCCCUGUGCCUAUGAACUUCAGAAACUACGGAUACGACGACUCAUUAACUAAUCAACCCGCCAUCAAGCCACCCUACACAAUGAUCGCAUGCCUCGAGGGACACGGAGCUGCCGUGAACGCGGUCCAAAUCUGUGACCGAGAAAUUGUCUCCGCUAGUGGCGACAGACAUAUUAAGGUGUGGGAUUGGCCAAAUCAGCAAUGUCAACGAACGUUCCUUGGGCAUAAUAAGGGUAUUGCGUGUGUCCAGUACGAUGGCCGCCGUAUCGUAAGUGGAAGCAGUGACAACGAAGUGAAGGUCUUCGAUCGGGAAACGGGUCUUGAGGUUGCAAGUCUCAGAGCACACGGAAAUUUAGUCCGGACAGUACAAGCUGGAUUCGGCGAUCUUCCUUACAGUGUCGAGCAAGACCGACUGGAAGCAAGGGCCGUGGAUCAAGCCUACUUCAAAGCUUUAAAUUCCGGCGAUCUCGAAGAAACCCAACGAUUGAGACGCCGACCCCACAACGCAGGUAGCCGCCGCCCCGAGGAUAUUACUGCUUAUGGAGCCAAGUUACCUCCUGGCGGCGGCGGUGGUCCUUAUGGGCGAAUAGUGUCGGGGUCGUAUGAUCAAACCAUCAUAAUCUGGCGACGAGAUCGAGAGGGCGCUUGGAAGGUUGCACAUACACUUCGACAGGAAGAGGGUGCUGCUUCUGCUCUUAGACAAAACUCUUGCAACUCUGCCUCGAGAGCAGCCGCUUCAUCUACUGGUCGUAAUGCGCCGACUUCGCCUGCAAGUGCACCACCGUCGUUACCACAGGCCUCACACUCGAAUUUUACCCAUGUCGAACACCCUAUUAUCGCCACCAUCACCCCCCAAACUACUUCAUCAUACACGCAAAUGAUCGACACGUGUGUUCCCCAAGGACCAGCUGCUCUUCAACAAGCGCUAUCGGCCUACCCUACAAUGUUAACAUAUCAUUCACACAUUCAAACGGCGAUCGACCGUGAGACAAAUGCGCUCGUUCGCUCACAAUUAAGGCAAGUUGUUAACACCGCCUUGGUCAGAGCACAGAUCGCGCAGAAUCGUAUUAGGGAAUCCGUCCAACAAGCUCUCUCCGCUACAUCACCUGCUGGAGAGGCAUCAACAUCUCAAACUAUUCAACCCCAAGCCCACGCGGCACCCACCCAAUUAGGAUCCGGUAUCGGCAGCCUAUCUACUAUCUCUGCUCCCAACCAUGGCAACGGCGGCGGCCCGCCUCCUAGUCUCACCAACGUCAACCCCCAUGGCCCAUACCAACAAGCAGAAUCCCAGUCACAACAGCUCCCGCAAGCCCAACAGGCUGCUGCAGCCCAUGCGCAAGUGCCAGCACAGGCACAACAACAACAGCACCCACAUAUCCCACAAGCAGACACGAGCCCGGCAAGAAUUUUCAAGUUACAAUUCGACGCGCGACGUAUUAUCUGCUGCAGUCAGACGAGCACCAUAGUGGGGUGGGACUUCUGCAAUGGAGAUCCAGAACUUGAGGAGGCGGCGGAGUUUUUCGGGACUAUAGAGUAGGGCCGCUUGGCACAGGUACUGGCUGGGUAAUUAUUUUUUUGGCGCAUUCUGAUCAUGUUGGUAUUGUAUGAUCCAGCAAAAGGCGGUCAUACGGAAAGUCAACGCACGGCAUCUUUCAUAGUGAGGAUCAAAGGAACAUUGAAGCAAAUAGAAGA